AUGUGGCUCAGUCUACCAGUCGAGCUGCAGCGACAAUGCCUGCAAUCCCUUGAUGUCGAAACGCUGAGAUCUUUUCGUCUGGUCAACAAAUCUGUCAGCACGCUAGCAACUCAAACACUCUUUGGGACUGUGCGCUUGUAUCACUCCGAGCAGGGUGUGGAUCUCUUGGACGAGGAGGAAGACGAAAACACCGAGAAGGAAAUCCCGGAGAGCGUACAGAAAUACGAUAAUAUCCUGGAAGACAACUCGCUCCGUCCACUUGUACGGACGGUGAUUUUCCACACCAUCGACCCCAACAACACUGAUGAGGACGACUACGAUCAGUCCGAAUCAGACCUAAAUAAGUCUUACAAAAUAUCUUUGAAGAACGUAUCACGAUUCCCACAUCUCCGAGAAGUCAAGUUGGUGUUCUCGCGCCAAUGUGCCGUAGACGAUGAAACGACCGCCUGGACCAAGGACGUUGCUGAGACGGUGUGCUUCCGGACGGAUGUUUUGAAUGCACUGCUCAAAGGACUAUGCGUCGACAAAAAAUAUUCUAUGCCGCACUUCGACACGCUCACAAUACAGAACCUUCAGGACCAUACAUCUGAUUUAGUUUACGACUCUCUCAAUUUCGCUCCGGUUCUGCGCAAGCUUAAGAAACUCAAUCUAUGUAUUGCAACUGAGUCUGACGACGCAGCUCCCGAGAACGACAUCAACGAGCCCGGAUGCCACAAGAUGUUCAACAGCGAUCUGUGCAGUCGCUGGCUCGCCCCACUACAAGGUCAGCUAACGCAUCUCAGCCUCUAUGCAACACAAUGCUUUUGGGGUUUUUGGCCCUUCUGCGAUCUCCGUACCGUGCACUUCCCGCACUUGCAAAGCCUGAGCCUGGGAAACUGGACCAUCGCACAUGAAUGGCAGAUCGAGUGGAUCCUGUCCCACGGCGCUACUGUUGAGGAACUUCUGCUCGACGACUGCCCCAUCAUCACAGCCGCGUAUCUGGAGGAGGAACAGGUCGCUAAGCAUUUUCCUGGUCUAGAACCUCUGUAUGUUAGCGAGCGUGGCUGGAAGAUCUUCAUUAAGGAGCUGAAUCUCCGGUGGCACCACAUUUUCCCUCGAUUCCGCACAGGGCUGCCCAAGCUAAGGCACUUCGCCAUCGGGCAUGGUGACUGGGACGAACAGAAUAUGUUUGAGGAGAGGUAUGAGCUCGCUCCGAGGUUGAUACAUGAUAGGUAUCAUAUAUUUGACAAUGGGAUUGGGCCGAGUCAGUGGGUUGGUGGGGGCGGGCACUGGGUGCUGUCUCAUGCGCGCAAUGCCGACGAAAAGGGUAGGAGAGGUCAUGCUCUCAAUACUGGAGAGCGGCAGCAUACGACUUACUAUUUCCCGACGUGUGAUGAGGAGGAUAGAGAGGCGUUGGUGGAGUUGUUGGGAGUUGUGGAGGGGAGGGCGGGUGCGAAGGUGUAA